AUGUCGCUGAUCCAACCAGGCCACUCAGAUAAACGGCCCUCCCAGCUCAAUCUCUCCUCCAACAACCCCUUUCGCAAUCGAGCUGCGUCACCGUCAUCGGCCGGAUCACAACCACAUUCCCCCUUUGACCCCCCACCACGACCUGUCUCACGAAAUCCUUUUCUCGACGCUUCCACUACCAACAUCAUACCGCCCGCCAUCGGCUCACCUGAUAAGAUGGCUACCAAUAUGGAUUCGGCGCCCAAGCCCAGAUUGACAGGAAAUGCUGCUGAAUUAUUCGACAAUCUUACUUUGAGUGACGAACCCGCUAGCAAACCCAAAACAGCAAUGCGACCACCUCCUGUGCGAGCCCAGACGAGUGAUAGACCACCACCUUAUCACCCACACUCUGCUUCCAGAUCCCGCGGUGAAAAUAUUCCACCUCCCCGAGGGCCACCAGGUCAUCGACCGACCCGAUCUCAAGAAGAGGCACUUCGCGCCCGUAAACCAGGACAGUCUAGCCGCUCACGUCCAAAGGAAGAAUUGGAUAUUUUUGCAGAUCCAGACAAAACACGACGGGUGAGAAGAAAUUCAGAUUCUUCUGUUAUGUCUAAGAAGAUCGAGAGUGAGGAGGAGAAGAGGAGAGCCGAGAGAAGACGCAGAGAGCGUCGUCAUAGGGAACGUGAUGGUAAGGAAUCUACAAGCAAGAUUACAACCAAGAAGCCACGAAACCUGGAUAUCAUUGACAAACUGGAUGUUACAAGUAUAUAUGGCACUGGAUUGUUCCAUCACGAUGGUCCAUUCGACGCAUGCAACCCUCACCGUAACCGACAAGGAAGCCGAAGAGCUCCAAUGCAAGCAUUUCCUGAGGGCUCAAUCAAUAACACAUUGGGUGGUUCCGGUCCAUUGAACAAGAGACCGGAUCAUGCAACCUUCUUGGGUAACAAUGACGACGAGGCCUUCCGGGAUUAUAGUACUGGGCAGAACGGAUUCGCAAACCCACGACCCAAGGACGGAACUGUACUCAGCGCCACUAGCAAAGUCGAGCCUAUCCAUGGAGAAGAGACCCUCGGCCUAGGAAGUUCUACUUUCUUGGAAGGCGCCCCAGCAUCACGAGCUGCCAUGCAACGACGAGAAAGCGAGUCUAACGGUACUGUGGAGAACGGGUUGGGACGAAAGAAGUCUCUUGCCCAGAGAAUCAAGGGAAUUAACAAUGGACCACGACGAGACUAUGGACCUUCUGGACGAAUUACAAGUCCCAAUGGAGUCUACUCACCCAGAUCUCCAGAUAAUGUCAUGACCCCGGGAGGAACCAAGCUUCACGAGUCAAACCCGUUCUUCAAUGAGUUCUCGGCUGGUGAUGACAAAGACCUGAAGAAAGAAAGCGUCACAUUCGUCGAGCCAGUCAAAGGAGGUGGCAGACUGCGAUCCCCAAGCAGCCCUCGUCGUGGUUUCGCUGGAUUGGAGAGACGUGUUACUAGUGAUGGUACCAUAGAAGAGCAAGAACCAAAGUCUGGAGGUGGAGGCGGGUUUCUGUCGCGGGUGAAAUCCUUGAAGGGUGGACCAAGAAAGCCAAAACCAAUGGGUCAAGCAACUGAAUCUUGA